CAAGAUACAAUGCCCAGAAGCUCACUGCGUCUAGAAUGUUUGGGUUUCCCAGAUUAUGAUAGUAGUGAGGGGUAGGAAAUAUAAAUGUUUUCUAUACCAACAUGUCUUCUUAUCCAUAUUUAAGCUGAAAGAAAAAUGGGGAUAUGGAGACUGGGUGCUAAGGCUGUACUGACAGUCUUGUUUCAUAAUAGCUCUUGUUUAUUAAAUUCUUGCUGUGUGCCAGGCUAGGAGCCUUCCAUGUGAUUACUAGCUCAAUGUUUCCUUUCAAUGUUAUGAGGAAUGUAUUCUGCUUCUGUGUUCCAAAGGACACCAAGACCCUGACAACAAACAACUUGCUGAAGAUUGCACAGCCGCAAGUGGUGACACCAGGCCUGGCACAGGUGUUUGCGCUGCUGUGGCUCUGCUUUGGUUCACCGUUGCUCCUAGUGCGGCAUUCGGUCUCCGGCUGCAUUAUCUGCCACUCUUGACACCUAUUAGGAAAUCUCGAGCAUCAUCUCCACUGAAAGUGAUGCUGUGGGAGCGUGUGUCAGCUGGGGCGUGGUGGGCCCAUCGCUUUCUUCCUUCUCGCUCCCUGUAAAGUAAAUGAGCCUCUGUUGUCUAUGUCAUAGACUGGCUUCCAACCUCACAAUAGCACAGCUUGCUGUUAGCCAGAGUUUCUCUGCACUUAGGGGCAAAUAUAUGUGGGUUAGUUAAAAACUUUCACCCCCCAAGCCCUCUCAAGACUGAUAGCCACCUGGACUCAUGGUCUGACAUAUUCCAACUGAAAGGCCUUUGGAAAGAAGCCCACGUGACUGUAACAGCUAUCGGCAAGUGUGAUUUGGUUGGUUCUUCUAAGAAAGGUCCCCGGCAUGGAAACUGCCUACCUGAAGAAGUGCUUUGGAAACAGCCUGACCCAGGCACUGGCAGAAGUGGCAAGAGUGCGACCCAGUGACCCAAUAGAGUAUUUGGCUCAUUGGCUUUACCACUACAGGGAUGUGACUAAGGCUAAAGAAAAGGAAAAGCAAGAAGAGCUACAGCUAAAGGAGGAGUAUGACAAAAGCCUCCAGGAAGUGAAAAUGACCGAAAUGCGGAAACAAGAGGAAUAUCAGACUCAACAGAAGUGUGAAAAGUGUCACCAGGAUCUGCUCCCUGAAGCUCUUUCCUCAAACAAGACCCCAGCCCUACAGAAAGAUACUGCCCCUCUUGAGGAGACCAGGAGGCAGGAAUCUCCACCAGGUGUCUCCAGGAUGGUUGCAGAAACAUCUCAACGGGUUUUUACCUCUUGAGAAAAAGAUCUGCAAGAGGAUCUCUCACCUCAGCUAAUACUGAAGAGUAUGAGGAGGAGGCUGGCGUCUACAGAUGCUCUGGACUGCUAACCAUGAAUACAUUAAUCAUGUGACAUUUUAGAUUGACUAUUGGAUAAAAACGAACCCAGACCACAGAUUAAAUACAAUAAGGCAUCACACUGA